AUGGCUGGCCCCGCCUCCCCGGCCACCGAAGGCCCCACGUACGAGCCGCCCACGCUGCCUCCUGGAUGGAUUGCCCAGUGGGAUGGCACGAGCAAGAAGUAUUACUUUGUCUCGAUAUCGACCGGCGUCUCGCAGUGGGAGACCCCGACCUCGGCCGCCCCCGGCGGCACCCCCGCCCACGGCAACGAGCACCCCUUCGGCGUCCCGGGCCAGAGGGAGCUGAUCACGCAUCCCGACGGCACCCAGACCGUCAGGUACCCCGAUGGCCGCAUGGAGCCGGUUAUGCCCCCGGGCGAGAGCUCGCGCGGGCCUGGAGGAGAGACGAGCGAUCGAGGUCUGGGUAGCUUCGCGGCCAACGCGUUAAUGAACCAGAUCUCGGGCGGCCAUGGGAAGCAAUCGCAUGGCAGCGGCCACGGCUCGAGCCCCCUCGGCGGCAUCGCUGGCCAACUCAUCGGCGGCCUCAGCGGCGGCGGUAGCCACGGCAACUCGCACAACAGUUCUCAUGGGAGCAGCAGCGGCGGUGGUGCUGGCAAGCUUGUGGGGGCACUGGCCUCGAGUCUCUUCUCCAGCGGCGGGAAGCAGGACCACCAAGCUCCGCCCCAGAACUACCACGGAGGUCAGACGGCUACGCCCCAGCACUCUGGCGGAUUUGCCGGGUCGGUGAUGGGAGGAGUAGCGAACAUGUUUGGCGGGAACCAGGGUCACUCGAACCAGAACUACGGCUAUUCAAACUCGGGCCAGUCCGGGGGCUACAGCGGAUCGGCCCCUCCAACCUCAUACCAACCAGGCGGUCAAUCUACGGCUGCCUACAGCUCGCCGGGCCCGAACAACCAGCACAGCCAGCACGGCACGCCCUCGUACGGCGCGCAGGCAAGCCAGCAGCAUGGCACCCCAUCCUACCCGCCUCCGCCUGGUCAACAAGGCUCUUAUAGCAGCCCGCCUCCUACCCAGCAACACCAGAGCUACGGCCAACACAGCCCAGCACCGCAGGGCCAGCAUUACUCACACCAACCGUCCUACGCACCUCCAGCCGCCGGCCAUCAACCACCCUACGGUGGCCAGCAGUCGCAGUACCCGUCUUCUCAACCUGGCUACAACCCGCAGUACGGGCAGAUGCCUCCUCCUCCGCCCGUGGGACAACACUCGUAUUCCGCACAGCCAUCGUACGGAGGCGGCCCCAGUCACCAGGCCCCGCCAGUGCCCUCGGGCUCGCACCCGCACUACGGCCAGCAAGGGAAUCAGCAGGGAGGGUACCCAGGCAACUGGUAG